CAAAGUAUUUCACGCCUCAGGAGGGACUUUCGACUUGUGACACCUUGUGCGCCAUGGCGAGCAAACGUCUUACAUCGGAUCCUUCCCUUCCUAGGUGAUUGCCGCACUAUGCUCAGUGAGGCAGGUCAAUUCGGUUCAGAUAGCCGCUCAUUGGACACCAUCGAAUUGGUAUUGACCCGAAUAUGCAAAGCUGACCUGUGUCAUUGCAUCCCGUCCCGGGGGACGCGGGUCCAACUUAGGAGUGCAAAAAAACGCCAGCUUAGGAAAGGACAUGCCUGGUGGCGGGAAUAAGAGA